UUGUGUUCUGUUUUUUUUUUUUUUUUUAAUAACGGUGGUGGUAGGCAUUUCUUGCUGAGAGAUAUGUAUGAUGAUAUGAUGCUGGAUGGAGUACAGCCAACUAGGGAUACAUUCCAUUCUGUCAUCAGUUAGUGGAAAGGUGCUUUCAUGUUUGUUAUCAUGGACUUUCAUUCUUUCUGGAAUUUUCCGUUUGCUUGAUUUUGUUUUGUUGCAGGUGGAUAAGCAAAAUGCUCAUUUCUUUGGUGUUACGAUCAAUGAGCAACAAGCCGAGUGUGGUAUUGUAGUAAGAGUUACUUCAAAUGCACAAAGCAAAUUUAAGUUACUUUAUUUCGAGCAAGAUGUGAAUGGCGGUUAUGGUUUGGCCCUACAGGUACCAUAUCUUCUUUUCUAUUGUGUCUCCAAUCCAUUUUCCAUUUUAUAGUGCAUAUGAUUUUUGCAUUCUGAAAGCUGUCAUGGUUGUUUAAAAAUUUUGAAGCAUAGAUGGAGUCAACAUUGCCAAUGAUCAUAUACAAUUGGUAGAAAUGUUUUGUAAUACUCUUGUCAUGUUAAACUUUCUGCUGUUAUAUCCUUCAAUUUCUAAGUACUAUGCGUCUCUAAUUUAUUUUCAAAGCAUAAAAUUGUGGCUGUGAAAUUGUGAUUUUGAAUAUCACACAUGGGUAGAACUUAAAAUUAGUAACCUACCUGUGAAUGUGAAAAUGAUGCUCAACUUGUCUUUUCAA